AUGUCUUUGGAGAAGUCGGGAGGACUCCCCGAAGUCAAGUCCAUCUGCAGACACAGGCGAGGCUGGCAGAUUCGCCUGCUGUGUUGCGAAUGUGCUGUGUUGGACACCACACAUGCGGAUGUCUGCUGGACACAGAGUCCGCAGCACUUUGCUGCAUCUGAGGACGAACUGAAGACAUCCGUUCCGACAAACUUGAACACCUACACCAUCACCACGUUCAAUGCAGAUGACGGCGUGUCUCAUUGGAGAGCUAUCUUACGGCCACCCUCACCGACCACUCAGGCAGAGAUCUCGAUCCUGGCAACGCCUGAAGAACUUCAGUCAGAGACAUCUGAUAACACUAUCGACUCGUCUCUGGAAUAUCAGCAAUCGUCCCUUCUUGACUGCGGCGCUCUUCGGGAGCAUUAUGCACACCUACAAGUCCUUGCUGACCAAGUCCGUGCUGCACACAUGACCGUCACCGAGGAAGAAGCUUGUAUCACAGCAGCACUCAAGACCCUUUGGGACGAGAACCCAGAUCUACGCCGACGAGGCCUAAAAGGUGGAACUGCACGCACGGCGAAGAAGAUGAAAGGGCCCUACACGCCGAUCAACAAGAUGACCAAGGAGCAGAAGCACCGCCGACUGCAUGUCGAGAAGCAAGACAAACGCGUCCGAGGCGGCAUCGAAAGAGUCCGUCUUCUGCAGGAGCUUUUGGACAGCAGCUUGAAACUAGUCGAGUAUCAAGCGGGAGAGUGUGAGAUGAUUCUCGGCCGGGAAGGGUUGACAAAGGAUUACGGUGCAGAGCCAUUGUCUUGUGAUGUGGAGUUGGUCAACAACAUCCUGGGGGGUGAGAUGUUUGGGCUGAUCCAGGAGGUUGAGGUCAUGAUGGAGACGUAUUAUGAGGAAAUCUACACUGUGAGCUGGUUGGAAGUUGGGUGA